AUGAAAUCAACUAUGUGGCUGAAAGUCUUCAUCAUCUUCGUCUUCAGCUUUGACAGCUGCCAGCUGGCUUCAGUCUUUCUGGAUAAAGAUCGAGCCAAUGGCGUUCUGGUUCGGACUCGGAGGUACAACUCAGGUUGGUUUAAGAGGCUGCAAAUGGGAGAACUGAGGAGGGAGUGUAUAGAGAACAAGUGCACCUACGAGGAGGCCAGGGAGGUGAUUGAGCACAUCGAGCUCACGAAUGAGUUCUGGAAAACGUACAAUGUACCAAACCCCUGUAUCUCCAAUCCCUGUCAGAAUGGAGGCAGUUGCUCCACUCAUGCUUCAUCCUACAUCUGCUUUUGUCUGCCAGAGUUCCACGGAGUCAACUGUGAGCUUGAGGUGAAAGCUGAGAUCGAUACCUGCUGGGUGGAGAACGGAGAAUGUGAGCACUUCUGUGAAGAAGACGAGUUCCAAAAAAAAUGGAACUGCUCGUGUGCAGACGGCUACUUUCUCGAUGUUGAUGGACGGAGUUGCAUCGCAAAAGUGGAGUAUCCAUGUGGUCGGGUGGCUCCACCAGAAAUAGGACAAAACCAGACUGCAGUGAUUACUCCAAGGAUGGUGGGGACUUACCACUGUCCCAAAGGAAACUGUCCUUGGCAGGCUCUGGUUCAGUUAAAUGCAAAAGCCCACUGUGGAGGUGUUCUCAUCCAUCCAAAGUGGGUCAUCACUGCUGCACAUUGCAUCCAUGGCCAUGACCCCCAAAACCUGACUGUGGUAGCAGGGGAAUAUAAUUUGGAUGUGGAAGAAGGCACAGAACAGGAGAUACCUGUUUCUUUGGCAAUUGCCCAUGAUAGUUACGUCUCAGUGACAGGUGACAGUGACAUUGCCUUGCUGCAGUUGAGUCAUGCUGUCAACUUGAGCCAACACGUCAUCCCUAUCUGCCUGCCCACUAAAGAUUUUGCGACGCGGGAGCUGUUGCUACAACGUUACCACACUGUGUCUGGCUGGGGCAAGAGGACAACAGGGGGCAACGUUAAGACUCUAGGCGCCCCGGUUUCCCCUGUCCUCCGCAUGAUGUCAGUCCCCAUCCUCCAGAACUCCAUGUGCUCCCUGAGAGCCAAGUUCAACCUCACUGAAAACAUGCUGUGCGCCGGAUAUCUGGAAGGACGCCAGGAGAGUUGCCGUGGAGAUGAUGGCAGCCCACUGGUGUCGCUGUUUGGCUCCACCCACUUUCUGACUGGUGUGGUUGGCUGGGGACGUGGUUGUGGGGCUGGGUAUUUUGCGGUGUAUACCAACAUGGCCAGCUUUGUGGAGUGGGUGGAGAAGACCAUGAAAAAUCCAUAA